AUGGAUAACUAUGAAAUUGUUGACUUCAGUUCUUUAAAUGAGACUGCACAAAACUUGAUAAAGGAAGCAGUUAGAGCAAGGAAAAAUGCGUACUGUCCAUACUCAAACUUUGCUGUUGGCGCUGCCAUAUUGACAGAAAGCGAGUCGAAGGUAUACACAGGUUGCAAUAUAGAGAAUGCAACAUUAACACCUAGUAUAUGCGCAGAGCGGGCGGCCGUGCCUAAGGCUGUUAGUGAUGGACAUCUUAAGUUCAAAAUGGUGGCAAUAACUGCCCACCAGGAAAGCAGCUUUACUGCACCUUGCGGGGUAUGCAGACAGACGUUGAGUGAAUUUUGCAGCAGCGAUGGUGAUAUAGAGAUAUAUUUAAGCAAACCCACAAUGGAUAAAGUUUUAUGUACCAAAUUGUCAAAAUUGUUACCUCUGUCAUUCGUCAGCUACAAGGAAGAUAAUGUUGUCGAA